AUGACAACAAACCUGGGACUCCGUUCUCCUAUUUCGCGAUCUGGUGCGGUAUCGCCUCAAGCACCUAGACCCGCAUUCGAUACGGAGGUACUGCGAGCAUACGUGAAAAAACUAUUGCCAGCAACGCUUUCGCAUGCUGUGUGGCCACAUAUUGAGCGUGACCAAGUAAAAGCUUGGAUGAAGGAGAUAGGAGAACGCGUCAAGGAGCGGAUGGUGGAGAUUCAGCCACAUGGAUUUAAGUAUAUGGUCUUGGUUCAGAUCACGGAGAAUCUGGGGCAAGGUGGCCGGUCCCAUUUGGUGUCUCACUGGGAAGAUGGGGAUGUCUGCUUGAACGAACUCUUUUUCAAUGAUUCGCUAUUCUGCACAUGUACUGCCAUCGCCGUGCGAGCUUCGUGA